AUGGCGAUCUCCAACUUUGCCCUGGGCUUCCUCGGGAUUUACGGCGCCACAGGUCACGAGGAGAAUGGCGCGCGUUACCCGCGAACAGUGAUGCGGUCCGAGCUCCAGGCAAUUGGUUUCGCCGUGCUGGGUUACCUGGACCAGAACCUCACGUCGGUGAUCGUGAACAGGCCUUCCAACAACCUGCAGAAGGGGCCAGGCUAUCAUUUGGUUCUGUUUGUCAGGGGAGCUUUGAUGCUGCCUGUCUGGGUUGUAUUGGGCCUGCCUUUUUCCGUGGCCGCGACAGUGCCCAGCACUCUUCCUGGGGCGCUGAAGUUCCUGCCACGUGCCGUGCUGCAGGGCGUGUUCUUCUACAUGGGCGUCGCAAGCUUGACCGGCAGCAACCUUUUCGACCGCCUCUUUCUGUGGCUGAUCUGA